UCUGUCGGUCACAUGACCCGGCAGACAAGUAGGUCCAGGAAGUGGACCAGGAAGUGGAGCGUCGGGAACGGUUACUUAUCAUUCACGCUGCAAGUUGAUUUUAAAACAUAAAUUAAUGUCACCCAACGACAAAAGUUUUCUUACUGUUCCGAAAAUGAACCGAACCCAUCCAUCCAUCCAUUUUCCGACGCUUAUUCCCUUUGGUGACGCGGGGGGCGCUGGUGCCUAUCUCAGCUACAACCGUGACCUCUAAACUGAGUAAAGAAUUUUGAAGAUGGAUGAAGACCAUUCUCACUGUAUGAGCUGUGUUAACCAGAGAUGCAUGAUCAGACCACAGCUGGGCUUCUCCUGUGAUCUUAUCGCCUGCCCACAGGUGUGCGGGGCCAUCUUUCACUUCUGCAAAGCUGAGGAGCACCACCUCCUGUGCCCUCUUGUGAGAGUCCCCUGCCUGAACAGUGCCUAUGGCUGCCCUGCCACUGUGGUGCGCCAACAAAUGUAUGCGCAUCUAGAGGUGUGUCCUGCCGGGGUGGUGUGCUGUACUAUGGAGUUAAGUGCUGUUGCACCACCUGUCGAGAAGGGUUCGCUGAGCCCAGAGAGUAAAGAUGUGAGGGUAAGAGAGCCAACUGUCCCGUUCUCGUCACAAUCUUCAUCCUCUGCAGAAUUUGCGAGGGAGAGAAUCAUCAAUGGAAUUAUUGGACUGAAUGAGCAGCACGACACCAAGCUGCACGAGGCCACUUUGGAAACAGCAAGGAGCUUGGCCACCGCUUUGGAGUUGGUGAGCAGUGCUAGUGCCCCCGAUAGCUGCACUGAAGGCAUGAGAACAGAGGCUACUCUCCAGGCGAGGAGACUGGGCCGCUUCGUGCAGUGUGGACUGAGCGCAAAUGUGUGUCAGGAAGAAAGAGAUCCAAAUAGUUCAGUAACUGAGUGUCUAGAGACUAAUCAAAAGGGAACUUCCGUGCACAUCAGCAAGGGUGUGGCGCAUGGUCAUGGGGUGCUACAAGAAAGGGGGCUGGUCCCAGAAAGCCACAAGCCUGAGUGGAUGCCGCACAGCUGUCAGGGUUUUGACCAUGACCAGUCUCUGUGUCGAUCACAGGCAAAGAUGCAGGACAAAGCUGGUCUGGAACAUGGUGACAACCCCAUGGAACUUGAAGAAAUUGAUGUCAUCACAGCAGAGAAGAACAUCUUCUGCCUGGAAAAGUCCAGAGACUCUCAGAAGAUCUCAGAUUCGUUUGGUAUUGACGGAAGACACGUUGAUUUCGGUACGCAGACCUUCUCUUUUUUAGCGGCCAGCCUGGAGAACUACAUAAGGGUCGGCGACAUGGCCUUCACCACCCAUCCCGGACCUGAUGGCUACCUAUGGCGUGGUCUCGUCCUGAAAGAAAUCUGCGCUCAGUCUUUUCGCCGGGAUCAGUUCUCCUCCCAUUUCACUAAUGUCCACGGUGACAUUCAGCCUGGUCUCAACGGGUGGAUAGCGCAUCGUUGCCCCCUGGCUUUUUACGGCUGCCCUUUCUCCCAGCAGAGGUUUUACCCCUCUCGUCCAGGGGCCAAGUUGAUCUUUGACAGGCGGCUCAGGUCCUUCGGAGUCCAGCCCUGUCCCGGUUCAAAACCUUCAGGAGAUUCCCAGUCAGACCUGUUCAGUGGAUUACCGCAUGAGAUACUGUGGCACAUAACUGGCUUCCUGGACAGUUUCAGUCUGUGCCAGUUGUCUUUAGUAUCGCGGACCAUGAGGGACGUGUGCAGCGGUCUCCUCCAGACCAGAGGCAUAGUGGAGGUGCAGUGGGAGAAGACACAGUGCUCCAGUGGGCGCAUGGCGGUUUCCUGGCAGAUUACACACAAAAGAUCCAAAGAAUGCACUCACACAUUUGAACCUACAGACGAAAAAUGGCAACUUCCCAAAAACUGCAUUAAAAAUGAGGUGUGGAGAUUCAGCACUGCUUUCACCCCAGUGCUGAAAUGGGGCUGCAGCGACGUCCCCAGCAUGGCCAAGCACCUCCAGAAGUGCCACUACAACACAGUAGAGCACAGGGCCGAGCCCGUGGCCCUCCCUGCUCUGUGUCCCAAGCUGGACGGCUUCUUGCUGAGUCCCACCCUGCGCCACGUCUCUCCUUAUCCACGCCUCUGGCCGGUACCGGACUAAUCACAUGCAAGUUUUGGGGGGAAUUGGGGCAAUCAACCACAUACAAGUCAUGCUGCUACUGUACACUCCACAGGCUUGCAACAAACUUGUCUGUUUGAAUGUUAAAUGGAUGACACUAUUGAGAGCGUUGCCUUAGCACUGAAAACACGAGUGACUUUUGUAAGCACAAAGAAAUUGUUCACCUGUAUUUUUAUUGCGAUAUAUGCACUCUAGACUUGUGUGAAUCUGGAAAAUAAUGACAGCACGUUCCCAGGAUUUGCUUUUACUCGUCAAUGUUUACAUCAAGGAUUGUUUGAUUUUAGUAUUUACCGUAUUUUUCGGAGUAUAAGGUGCUCGCACCUGCCGAAAAUGCAUAAUAAAGAAGGAAAAAAACAUAUAUAAGUCACAUUGGAGUAUAAAUCGCAUUUUUGGGGGGACAUUUAUUUGAUAUACCCCAACACCAAGAAUAGACAUUUGAAAGGCAAUUUAAAUUAAAUAAAGAAUAGUGAACAACGGCUGAAUAAGUGUACGUUAUAUGACGCAUAAAUAACCAACUAAGAAGGUGCCUGGUAUGUUAACGUAACAUAUUAUGGUAAGUCAUUCAAAUAACUAUAACAUAUAGAACAUGCUAUACGUUUACCAAACAAUCUGUCACUCCUAAUCGCUAAAUCUCAUGAAAUCUUAUACGUCUAGUCUCUUACGUGAAUGAGCUAAAUAAUAUUAUUUGAUAUUUUACGGUAAUGUGUUAAUUUCACACACAAGUCGCUCCUGAGUAUAAGUUGCACCCCUGGCCAAACUAUGAAAAAAAACUGCGACUUAUAGUCCGAAAAAUACGGUACUAAAGAAUGGAUGGAUGAAUGUCAACCUUUUGUCAAUCACCAUAUUGCUCGGUUUAAUGCAACUUAAUUUUUUGUUUUUUUGUUUAUGCUCACUUGAAUAAAAGCAAAAAAUACUUUCAACUAUUAAAUUGUGGAUUGUCUGUCCAAUGGAUCAACCUCCAAAGUCAGCGUUCACUGUGUUCUAAUGUCCAAACAGUUUUUACGGAAUUACCUGCACGUUCCAAAUUGUGCUGUUUUGGGAGUGUCAAGCACCAACUAAAUUCCAUCCAUCCUUCUAUUUUUCUACCGUUUGUCCCUUUUUAGGAUCAUGGGGGUUGCUGGAACCUAUCUCAGUUGCAUUCGGGCAGACGGCGGCGUACACCCUGGACAAGUCGAUUUCAAUUAGAGACGUUAAAUGCAGAUACAAUUGUUUUGAGUUAUUUUUCCAUGCACCUAAUUAGUCUGACUACUCAAAUAGGUUGUUUAUUUUUAUUUUCACACCUACAGUGGGGCAAAAAAGUAGUCAGCCACUGAUUUUGCAAAUUCUCCCACUUAAAAUGAUGACAGAGGUCUGUAAUUUUCAUCAUAGGUACACUUCAACUGUGAGAGACAGAAUGUGAAAAAAAAUCCAGGAAUUCACAUUGUUGGAAUUUUAAAGAAUUUAUUUGUAAAUUAUGGUGGAAAAUAAGUAUUUGGUCAACCAUUCAAAGCUCUCACUGAUGGAAGGAGGUUUUGGCUCAAAAUCUCACGAUACAUGGCCCCAUUCAUUCUUUCCUUAACACGGACCAAUCGUCCUGUCCUCUUAGCAGAAAAACAGCCCCAAAGCAUGAUGUUCCCACCCCCAUGCUUCAUAGUAGCUAUGGUGUUCUUGGGAUGCAACAAAGUAUUCUUCUUCCUCCAAACACGACAAGUUGAGUUUAUACCAAAAAGUUCUAUAUUGGUUUCAUCUGACCACAUGACAUUCUCCCAAUCCUCUGCUGUAUCAUCCAUGUAUCCAUUUUGGUAUAAACUCAACUCGUCGUGUUUGGAGGAAAAAGAAUACUGAGUUGCAUCCCAAGAACACCAGACCUACUGUGAAGCAUGGGGGUGGAAACAAUAUGCUUUGGGGCUGUUUUUCUGCUAAGGGGACAGGACGACUGAUCCAUGUUAAGGAAAGAAUGAAUGGGGGGGCCAUGGAUCGUGAGAUUUUGAGCCAAAACCUCCUUCCAUCAGUGAGAGCUUUGAAUGACUGACCAAAUACUUAUUUCCCACCAUAAUUUACAAAUAGAUUAUUUAAAAUUCCUACAAUGUGAAUUCCUAGAUUUUUUUUCACAUUCUGUCUCUCACAGUUGAAGUGUACCAAUGAUGAAAAUUACAGACCUCUCUCAUCAUUUUAAGUGGGAGAACUUGCACAAUCGGUGGCUGACUAAAAACUUUUUGCCCCACUGUACAUGUGAAGUCCCAGUGUCCAUGCACACCCUCUAAUGCAGUCCUGGGCAAAUUAAGGUCGCAUGCGGCCCGUUAAGCUUUUCAAAUGGCCCGCCGGACAUUCCCAAAUAUUUUUUUUUUUAGAUCUUUAUGAUCGAAUCUGUAGCUGCCAUGAUGAUGUGCAGUGAUGUUUUCAAAUUACGGAUUUCAUUUUGAACAGAAAUAGUCAAUUCCAGGGUCUUACUGCUAGCGGCAAUAGAUUUUUUUUUUUUUUUUUUUUUUUUUUUUUUUUUUAAAUGCAACCACAGUUUAUCUGCGAGACAAGUGUGAAAAGAACACUACUAGUAUGAAAAUGUUGAAACAAUUGUGCACACACUGCAAAAACUGAAAUCUAAGUAAGAUUAAAUAUCUCAAAUAAGGGUGAUAUUUGCUUAUUUUCUUUUAAAUAAGAUCAUUCUUCUCACUAAGCAGAUUUUAUGUUAGUGUUUUACUUGUUUUAAGUGUUUUGGUCCUAAAUGAUAUCAGUAAUAUAUUACAGCUUGUUGCUGAGAUUUUAUGAGCUAUAUUGAGUAAAACAUGCUUGAAACUAGAAUAUCAACUGUUGCCAAGUUGUGUAAUCAACACUCACAAGUAUAAAACUUAUUUUUUUAAGUAAUAAUUUUCUAAUUUCAAGCAUGAAAAAAAAAAUCAUCACUUUGACAAAAUUGUGUCUCAUGAUUGAAACAGAUGACAGCCGAAUGGACUUUGCUGUUUUAUUUUCAAUGAAACGAUAGAAAAUACAUAUUCAUAGUAGUACAGUUGUUAUUAGUGAGAAUAUACUUAUUUUAAGGUGUUUUGGGGUUCUUUUGAGGGUUGCUAAUUUUAUUUGUUUUGGAAAGUCUUGACAAACCAAAUUUUCUUGUUCUACUGGCAGAUCAUUUUGCUUAGUUCAAAUAAAACCCCUAAUUUUUGUAUUUUUUUUUCUUGUUUUUUCUAUGGUCUUCAUCGUUGGUUCCCUUUGUUAAACAAGACUUAAGGGUCAUACAUUUACCAAAUAUGUAGUAAAAUUGAUUGUUUUGAUUGCUCACGAUCGCAAAACUUUCAUGUGAAAUUAAAGAUGCACUAACAGUA